CGAGAUCAGAGAGUGUCGCAACUCUCUCUUUUCAACGUUUCUGGACUCCCCCACCUGCAAUCGGCUCCUUCUUGCCCUUGUCUGUUUUGAAGGCAAUCCACAACUCAUCUCAAACAAUGAGAUGACGGCAGCGGUCACGUGACCCUCGUCGUGUUUUGUCUCUGAGGUGUCUCAGUCCUGCCAGAUGAUUAGCGUAGCACAGAGCUCUAUGGUCAGGCUCUGAAGUACAAACUGACAGGCUGACUACGCUUCAUGAAUUGAUAUAUCUUAGCUGGCUGACCGCGUCACAAAAAAGAGACGGAAAACACAGCUCGUAAAGAUGUUUUGGUUUGAGGGUUCAAUUCCUGAUGCCAUUCAGGCGGCUAAACAGCGGAGUUGUGUCUUUGUCGUUGUCAUUACAGGGGAUGAGGAACAGUCAGCACAGCUGAUGUCCAGUUGGGAGGAUUACAGUGUUUCUAUGGCAGCACAGAACAGUUGUGUGGCCGUAAAAGUCGAUGCCAAGAGUGAGACAUGUGUGCAGUUCUCCCAGAUCUAUCCAGUUGUGUGCAUACCCUCUAGCUUCUUUAUUGGAGAGAAUGGGAUUCCUCUGGAAGUCAUUGCUGGCAGUGUGUCGGCUGAAGAACUGAUGAAAAGAAUCAACAGAGUCAAGCAGAUGCAUGCUCAGCAGAUUGGAGGUGGAACAGUCUUACCAGAGGCAAGUACUUCUGUGGAGACCAGUCCACCUGACAACAUUACCACAGAACCUGCUCCAGCCUCAUCGCCAGCAUUGCAUGCUGGGUCACCAGCAGCAGCCACAGAGCCUGCAGCAGUACCAGGAACAGGGGAAGCAUCCCUUUCAAACCCAGGAGAUGAUGGCAGCCUUUCAGCCACAGUGACUCUUGCAGAGAAUGCAUCUUCAGAUCACGCGACCCAGUUUUCUCAGAGCAACGAAAACCUGGAUGCAACGGUGGAAAGGUUGACAAAGAAACUGGAGGAGAGACGAGAGCAAAGGAAGUCAGGAGAAGAAGAGAUUGAGAUCAAGAAGGAAAUUGAGCGGCGGAAGGUAGGGAAGGACAUGCAGGACUUUAAGAGGAAACAGGAAGAGGAGAAGACCAAGAGACUCCUGGAGGAAAGGAACAGAGAAAAGGCAGAGGAGAAGGCUGCCAGGGAGCGGGUCAAACAGCAGAUUGCCUUGGACCGAGCUGACAGAGCAGCGCGCUAUGCCAAAACCCAGGAGGAGGAGAAGGCAGCCAAGCAGGCACUACUGCAUGCUAGGCAGGCAGCACAGGAGGUCAGGAAGGAGACAUUAGUCAGGGAGAGGAGUACCAUAGCAAGGAUACAGUUUCGCCUCCCAGACGGGUCAUCCUUCACCAACCAGUUCCCCUCACAGAGCAGACUGCAGGAGGCUCGGCACUAUGCUCUUCAGGAAGUGGGAAACCGCUACGGGAACUUCUCCCUGGCCACCAUGUUCCCUCGGCGGGAGUUCACCAGUGAAGACCUGAACAAGACUCUGCUUGAACUAGAACUGGCUCCAAGUGCUUCCAUCGUGCUUCUGCCGUCAGGCAGGGCGGGUAAUGCAGUGGUCCAGACCUCUGGGGGCGGCAUCUGGGCAGUCCUUGGCACACUGCUGUAUCCUCUGCUGGCUGUAUGGAGAUUCCUCAGCUCCUUCAUGUUUGCAAAACCGCCCCCUCCUGGAGCAUCAGCCAGACGCCCCGCCCACCAGUCCAACUCUUACACCAACUCAGCCUCUGACAAACCAAAGAGAGAAACACUCUCCAAGCACACUCUGGAGAAACAGCCCAAGGACUUCAAGAAAGAUGGUAAAAUCUGCAGGCUCCGGACUCAGGAGGACAGCGAGGAUGACAACAACACCUGGAACGGGAACUCCACCCAGCAGAUGUAGCACAGUGACAGCAGCUCUCCCUUACUCUUGCUCUUCUGGUGUGAUUAGAUCAGUCUGACCAGUUCAAGGUUUCUGUUGCACUUGGGGCUGAUCCUUUUGCUUUCUCUUUAUCUUACUGUGUUCCAGGCCUACACCCCUGCACCUUACCUGCAUGGGUAGAUCAGUAAUAAUCAGCAGACUCUCCUUUGGGUUUUAGAUGAGUGUUUUGUGUUGAUUAUAAGAUUAUUAUGUCUCCUAACCUGGGCUCAGAACAGCAGGUUUAAGAUCCUAACAGACUUUGAAAGGCUACACCAGCAUCCUGUCUUUGGUAUGUAGCUCAUGGCUCAUCAUUCUGAAAUGACUUGGGUGGCCUGAUGUGUCUGGCACCAAAUUCCUUGAAAAGAGAAAAUAGACAGUUAACAGCUGACCUGACCUGAAGAUGUUGUAAUCUGAGCCCGGCUUUACGUUAUAUUGUAGGGUCACUACUUUUUGGAUAUGUUUAACUUUGAAAAGUGAUUGGCUAAUUGCCAGUGACUCUUACUAAUUGGUAUCUAUCAGUGGAAUUAUGUUUUUUUUUUUUGUUUGUUUUGGAUAUAUGAAAUAUUUCUUCAGCUUUCAGCUGCUGGCAGGGGACUUUAUGCCUAUAGCUGUUGGACUCUACUAAUGUGGUGGCCCACACACACAAACCUUGGCGGUAUGUGUUUGUGCUAGUUGACAGUGGGUGGCUACUGUAGUGCUCCUCAAAAUUAAAGCAGCCUGUUUUUCAAAAAACCCUUGAA